AUCAUCACCUGCCGAAGCUGAAGCGCUCUCUCUCUCUCUCUCUCUCUCUCUCAUGCCGUUGCCUCUGCAUCAUGCUCGCUCUCCUGUUUGCAUCAACAGAAUCCUCCAAUGCCGAGUCCAAAACCCUAACCCCAAUCUCUCUCCUCCUCCUCCUCCCCUCGCCAUUGAAGGCCGCAAUCUAAGUUUCUCAGUCAUCACGAAGCAAGGCAAACUCCUCCCCAUUCUCAAAGACUGCUCCUUUCGCGUCCCCGCCGGCGAGCUCUGGAUGGUUCUCGGCCCCAACGGCUGCGGCAAAUCAACCCUUCUCAAAGUUUUAGCUGGGCUACUGAAGCCAACGGAGGGAACCCUAAGUGCUAACAGGCCCCUGAGUUUUGUUUUCCAGAAUCCCGAUCAUCAGGUUGUGAUGCCCACAGUCGAGGCAGAUGUUGCAUUUGGUCUUGGUAAAUUUAAUCUGACAUUAGAUGAAGUUAAAUUGAGGGUAUCAAAAGCUCUAGAUGCUGUUGGCAUGUUAACCUACUCACAAAGGCCAAUUCAAACUCUUAGCGGUGGUCAAAAGCAAAGAGUGGCAAUUGCUGGUGCUUUAGCUGAAGCCUGCAAGGUGCUAUUGUUAGAUGAAUUGACUACAUUUUUGGAUGAGUAUGAUCAGAUUGGAGUAAUCAAUGCUGUUAAGAGUUCUGUGACUGGUAAUGGAGAAGUUGCUGCAUUGUGGGUCACUCAUCGACUGGAAGAACUCAAGUAUGCUGACGGUGCAAUUUGUAUGGACGAUGGGAGAAUUGUUAUGCAAGGAGAUGUAUUGAGUGUUUCUUCCUUCAUAAAAGAGAAAAUUUCGGGGCCAAACAUUCGCCCUUUACCUGAGGUGAGUAGGGAGGCCAAGUACAACUCGCUUCAUUGUAUGCUCGAGUUCCAUGUGUCUUCGGAUAAAGAAGAUUGGAGUAAUCAUGCUGUUAAGAGUUCUGUGACUGGUAAUGGAGAAGUUGCUGCAUUGUGGGUCGACUCAAUCGACUGA